AUAGAUACAGAGAAAAGUUACAGACACUCGGAACACACGUGGGUAAGCGAGAGAGAGAAAAAGAAGGCAAAAAUUCUGUAAUAUUUGUAGCUGGUUCUGGUUCUGCCGGCGUUGGCAGCGCUGGUUAGUGUCUGCUGCUGAGGAAUCCAGACGUGAGCAGCGCCUUGCCGUGGCUGCAGGUCCUGCCGGGAUGUUGGCGGUGGGGCUGCGAGGGGCGGAGGAGGAGUCCCUGUCGGAGAGCAGGAUGUUUUCUGGUGUAGGAUGGUGGCGGCAGACGCUGGUUGACGGCCAUGCGUCUACCAUGCGGGCUAGCAGGGCCGGGGGACUUCACAGCUGCCUAUCAAUGCACGUCAUAAUUAUUUUGUAGGAACGCACUUCCGAGCGCGGGACUCUCGUGGGCCGUGGCUCCGUCGCCGAUGAGCCUGUGCUUGUUACCUCUUGGGUGAUUCCCCCUUCUAAUUAUAGAGGUGACAGGGGAUAAGCUGCGAGCACACAAUAUGCAGAAUUAUGUUGAGGAGGGCGAGAUUCAGGUAUCUGGCAACCCCUCCAUAUUGGCAUUGCGUGUUGUACUAUUGAACAGCUUCGUCAUCUGUUCAUAUUUCAGUUUUCAUUCGUGCCCUUGCACAGGAGCCUCCCAGGUGGCCUGCCGGCGUGCGGGGCGAGGCGUCGUUGGAGGAACGAGGCAGUUUAAAGGGCCAGAGGAACAUGGAGCAGACAGGGGGAGGCUCACCGGUCAUGAGACAGAACGCGCCGUCCGCGACAAAGGCUCGUCUAAGCGCGACCUUGGCUUGUUCUCGUGGCAGGGCGCUUGGCUUUGGCUUUGACGGGCUUGCUUUGGUCGAACAGGCAGUGCUGAGGCCUAUGGGCGCCGUAAACACGCAGGAAAUACUUGCGAUGCAGCCCUCAUAUCGUCGCGAAAAUUUUGUAACUUUAAACGCAGCUGAGAGUGGACCACGUUUGUCCGUGUGCGGUGCGGACCAGGGCUGAGGUGCGAUGCGCGAUGCUUUCGCUUAUUGUCGCCUCGCUGCCGCCCUGGCCCGAGGCCCCUGCUUGCUGCGACCGCCUCCCCGGGAUGAGCUAUGCCGUGAAGAACAACUUUGCGUUAUUCUGCAGCGAAAACACGCGAGCGCUGGGGCGAAAUGGGGAAUAAUUUCGGUGUGGGAUGCGCGGGUGGGUGCCGGGGACGCCCACUGCGCAUGCGCGAUGGGUGCGGCUGUGGCGGGAGAUCAGCUGGGGCGCGAGCGAGCGAGGAGUCGUCGUGCGCCGGCUGGCUCCACACACUGGCGACCGGCCGCUCUCCCGGGUUCGCAACGUCUUUUGGGCAGUGGGCGCUAGUCGUGUGUGAUCAUGGUGACCAACAAGGAAAAGGAAAUUAUCAUCGACGCCAUUCGUGUCCUGCGCUCUCGCCGCGUCAGGCCCAGCGCUCGCAAGAUCGCCUGGUAUGCGAGGCGCGAACACCUCCUGUCGGAGGCGACGACGGAGGCGGUGCUGGACGAGCUCGUUGAGUCCGAGGAUGUGCUGCGAGUGGAGUAUAAGGGCGCCACGUCGUACCGAGUGGCCGCCUCGUGGUCCAAGGCGGCCCUGGUGCGCCGCCGGCCCACUCGCACCAAGGUGAAUGUGAUGAACAGCGAGUCCACUUGCCGGGCGCUGCGCCUGGCCGUGGCGUCGUGCGGGCCGGGGGGCGCCAGCAAGGAGGACAUCAAGGACAAGCUGGUGGCGUGCGGGCAGAGCCGCCUCGUGGACAAGCUGGACGUGCUCCUCCACCGCGAGAUCCGGGCGGGGACGCUGCUGCGGGUGGAGACCACGCACCGCACGGCCACCCUCAUCACGUACGUGGUGCCCGCCGACGCCCCCGCGCCGCCCGCCUCGCCGCCCUCGCCCGCGCUCGAGGAGGACGAGGCGGAGGACACGGACGCGGCCGAUGAGAUCCUGGAGGAGGCCGAGGACGACGAGGGCGCGGCGCAAGCGGCCGUCCUGCCGCACAGCUUCCUGGAAAUCAAGACGGAAGCCAACGGCGCGGCGGAGGAGCAGGCCGUGCAGGGGCAGGACGGGCAGGCGCCGCAGCAGGCCGUGCUCGUGCCCCCGCCCUCGCCCUCGCCCCAUGGCACCGCCUCGGCCGCCGCCGCCGCAGCAGCAGCCGCAAGCACCAUCAGGCGCGGCAUGGGCGGCCUGAGGCGUGGGCGGCGCGGGCGGCCUCCCCUCAAGAGUUACGCCAUCCCGCCACCAUCCUCCUCCAGGGGUAGGACGCCCUCGCGAAGGAACAAG